CAUUCUCAACCUCAAAUCAAACACAUCCUUCCUCAAUCCUGUUAUAAUUGUUCCAUGUGUCCAAACAAUUCGAGUGAAUAAGCAAAAAUGAAAAUCACUCGGCAUAAAAAAGUGCAGAAGUACCUGAAUUUCUACGUUAAUAAUUACAAAUUUCGGGCACCGUUUCAAGUGCUGAUUGAUGGAACGUUUUGUUUUGCUGCUCUUCAGGAAAAAUUUAAUAUUCAAGACCAAUUACCAAAGUACUUUCAACAAGAAACGAAACUCCUGACUACCCCAUGUAUCAUCAUGGAAACAGAGAGUUUGGGGCCUCAGACCUAUGGAGCAAUGCUCAUCGCUAAGAAAUUUGCUGUGCACAGGUGCAGCCACGAGAAGCAUCCGACGACGGGGUCCAAGUGCCUGAGGUCUAUGAUAAAAAAUAAUAAUCCGUCUAGAUAUAUAGUAGCAACACAAGACAGGGAGCUUCAAGAGAAGAUUCGCAAGAGAGCGGGGGUGCCUCUCCUCUAUCUCCACGGAAAGGUCCCCACACUGGAUCCACCCUCCCAGGCUAGCAGGACCGACGCCCAGAGUCAGCUAGAAAGUGUUGAUCUGGACGUUCACCAGAGACAAACCCUGGAGGAGUUGAAGCAGAGCUCGGGACUCGUCACCCAGGAGGAGACAAAAAUAAAGAAGAAGAAGAGGAAAGGGGGGCCGAACUCCCUCAGCUGCAAGAAGAAGCAGAAGAAGUCUUCAGAAGAUGAAACGCCAAAAACAUCUGGAAAAGUGCGAAAGAGGAGAAAAGCGAAGAUUCCGUCACAUGUUAAAGAAAUGUUGAAGACUGAGGAAAAUGAUAAAUGACAAAAUUAAAUCGAAUUAACCAUUUGUUUUUCCAGUCAUUAAUUUCUUCAGUUAAUCGAAAUAAAAAAUAAUUAAAGAGAGAAUUGGACAGAAAAAUCACAAAUAAACGGCGGUAUGGAUUUGUUCAUCGAUCGAGCUUAAUUCUUAAUUCUUUUAUUUUAUUUUAAUUAUAAUUUAAAUAUUAAAAAUUAAUUAAUAUUAAAAAUAAUUAAUUUUAAAAAUUUAUUAAUUGUAAUUCAAACAUUUUAUUCUUUUAUUUUAUUUUUAUCAGAUUCUUCAUUCUCUUAUUACUGAUGUUCAACAGAAGAUGUAUUAAAUUGUUUGUAUAUAAGACUGGAACAUGUUCGCAUUGUUCAACAAAAAAAAUGAAAAAAUAGGAGAAGAGAACAGCGAAAUAAGAAUUUAAAAAAUGAAAUUGUCCGCUUGUUCCGUUCGUGAUCUGUAAAAAAUUUUCAUGUAAAUGAACGAAUGAGUAAAUGAAUAAAAAUCGACACGACGAUCGAGCUCGGUCUGGAUAACAUGAA